CAAUUCAUUAUAUCUUAACGCACGAUGUCCCCUAAAACGAUCGUGGUGGAUAGACAACAUCCAAAGAGACUAUAGAAAUAUUAUAUACGUUUUCAAGGCCAGUGUGGGUCAAUGUUGUUAUAAAAAAGUCCCAUCCAGACAGAGCCAUUAGAGGUAGGAAAUGCAAUAUUACACCAUUUAUUGGGUAACAUCAUCAACGUCUCACAGGGAAAUCCCUCUAAAAUAACAAGUUUCAAGCGCUUCCCUGCUCAGCGAUGCGAGCGUCCAGCUUUUCUUUUGUUCGUGCUCAAAAAGUGAGAGCACCAAUGAUCGCUCGCAUAUUUCACUGCUGUUUGUCCAGCCGAUCGGUUGAGUUGCUGCCAGUUCAGCGCAGCCUGUGUGUGUCCAGUUUGUUUGUGUUGCCGAUAACCUUCCGUGAUCGCACACGCAACCACCAAACGGCCAGAGCAUUGCGGCGAUAAGCGGUGUACAGUAUUAACGAAGCCUAAUUAAACGUUGCCUUAUUCUCGGCAGGCAACUAGCUGAAAAAGAAUUGUCCAUAAAAUCGGUGUAAAGAGUGUUCAGUUCUUCUUUAACCAUCAGUGCAGCCGGUUGUCCGUAGAAGAAUGGGCCAGCACAGUCUAACGUCUGCCGUGGCUACGGCUUUGCUUUGUCUCACAGUGGCAAGUGUUGUGGAAGGUGGAUUUUUCGAUUGGUUCCGAAGCGACAAAAACAAGGGCCACGCUGUGUGUCGCGUUGAGUUCGAGGUGUUUGACCCGCAGGGGUUGCGCCUUUGGACCGCCCAAAAGGAACAAGUGAAAGGUUUCGGUGUGGAGCUGUUCAUUAAUCCAGUGCGCGGACGAAGUGAGCAGCUGUGUAGCUUGUGCCGCAACACGACGGAGGUUAAGCAUGGAAAGUUCUUCUUGCAGGACGAGAACGUGAUCGUCAAGAGUGGUGACAUACUGGAGUAUGUGAUCAUUACCGAUAAUGGAAAGUCGAUCCAGCGCCACAAACCAAGGAAACUGAUUGUGGAUGAUUUCAUGAUCAAACCCAAAGGAAAGUGUUCUUGUCCGCCAAGUACCGUAACACCGGCGACACCGUUGGAAACCGCGAAGCAGGUGUUUGAAGAACCCACCGCCGAAAUUGCCAUGCUCGAACGCAUCCUCGAACGAGUGUCCAAAAAUUGUGCCGAUGGUGCAAUGUCCAACUUUCUCUUUCUACAAACGGACCAUACCGAUGGUUCGACCGACGAUUUGAAACAGAUUGUGAGCAAUUACUUCGAUAGCAAGGACGCACUGAAGCCACUGACGAAAACGGUCAUAUCCGCGGAAGAUGGUGCUGACGGGAUCGUCUUCCGAGUGACCAAUAUUAUCGACAAACUGAAAAUAUUGGAACUUGCACGGCAGAAUAGUGACAUACUGGACUACGAUAAGCUAACCGCAAUCGAUGAGUUUGAUGUUCGUGGCUCAUUUACUGAAGCUCCGUAAUUGGAGAAAAGAAAACUUUCCUUAACAAUGAGAUUAUGCAUGAAACUUGGGAACAAUAAAAACUUUGCAAAAUUAUACACUAAAAA